AUGAACUUUGUAAACAACACUAAUGCCGCGCUUUUAAGCGAGAAACCAUACAGAAUGUAUGCAGAAUGGACAUCGCUUCAAAAUGCCAUCCAGAGUGACACUGGCAACAAAAGUGUUCUCCAUACAUCAUUUCCUAGUUCAGUUGGAAAAGAUGUAGCUGUUGUUGUUGUCCGUAGUUUGGCUCAGAACCUCAGCCUUAGCACAGAGAAUGGGGAUGUUAGUGGACUAAAGACUGAUAAGGAAGUAAAAUGGACAAUGGAGGUUAUUUGCUUUGGACUAAGCUUACCUUUGCAAGAACAUGAAGCCAUAAAAGAUUGCGUGAAUGUCUACUGCGAAUGGAUCUCCGCGCAGACAAUGGCUAAGACAUGUGUGCCACUACCUGUUCUAGAAGAUCCAAAUGCUUACACACAGACAAUGCUACACCAUCUCUUCAACCUGUUUGUGCCUAGGUCUGAUGCAGGGUUUGAUUUGGUCAAGAGACAGACCAUCCUGUGCCAUAGAGUGCUGAGAACAGUUCAAGUCCUGGCUAAGGAUUCAUACACUCUCUCCAGUGACACAUGGGAGACACUUCUCAAGUUCCUACUCUCUAUCUGUGAUAUUCUCUUAGCUCCACCAACUGUUAAAGAGGGGAUAGGAGAUUUGCUUUGUGAGCGGGUGCUUGGUGUCCUGUUUGAAAUCUGGUUGCUUGCCUGUGCCAAGUGUUUCCCAGGACCAUCAUUAUGGAAGACAUUUAGAGAUAUGUGUAGCUACUGGCGACAUCAUGAGGCUCUAGUUAUUCAGUGGCAUAAAACAAAUGUUGCCUUGACAGCAAAACUUUUGAAGUUCAUGUAUGGAGAGGACUAUCCUGAGCUGCAAAUUGCUGAAGAGGACCCUGUUAUUGUACCACCAGAGAUGUCUAACGAUGCUAUAGCUCAGACAUGGUUUAGAUUCCUCCAUACCCUCUCCAACCCAGUGGAUCUAUGUCAGGCUGAAGUUAUCAGUCAGACACCCAAGUUCCUUCAUAUGGCUCUUUCAAGUGAGAAUGUGAUUGAUCCAUCACAACACGAAUGUUUGAAAAAUCUCCCACAGAUAUUUUAUAAGGCCAUGAGAAGCAUUUCUGUACUAGUGGAUGCCUAUUUGGGCAUAUCGCAAGCCUUGGAAGAUGCUGAUGUGUGUGCUGUAGCAGCCUUAGCACCACCUCUGAUAGCCCCUGCUCCUAGUUCAUCUCGCCACUCAACACCUGUUGGCAGCACCCCUGGGACACCCCCUGGUCAUAGGAAAAAGGUGUUCAGUAUGGCAUCAGGUUCAACAAAACAAAAAGGUCACACCAAACAAUCUACAAAUACAGCUAUCACCCCAAGCAACACAAUAGUUGGUCAGGUGACCCUGAACUCCAGGCCCCCAUUGGCUAGCAACAGACCCAAGUGCAAUAGUGUCUUACAUCUAUUUGGUGCAUGGUUGUGUGAAGCAGCACUAGCUGGUGUUAAGUUCAAAGGCAGUCACAGCACUAGUGUUCCCCCAUCAAGAAGAACAAGCUUUUUAGAAGAGCAGGCAAAGCGUCGUUCAAUGCCCGAUCCUUCUGAAGUUGCAUCAGUUGAAAAACAAUCAAAUGUCUAUGAAGCUGGCCGAGCAGAGGCUGGUGGUGCCCUCUGUAGAAUAUUCUGUGCACAUAAAACAGGCGAGGAUAUUCUACCUGUGUAUUUAUCUAGGUUUUACAUUGCAAUGUUUUAUGGUCUACAAAUUGAUGAGUCCAUCAGUGGCCAGGUGCUCUCUAACCUGUUGUUCAACUCUAGUGAUCUGUUAAGGAUAGACUUAGAUGGUGUCCAUGUAUUGGUGCCUCAAAUUCUCUCAGCCUUGGAGCUUGUACUAAUGGACCUGAAACCAGUGUUUAGACCACAUGAGCAGAUACCACAAGUGGAGCUGAGAAAGGCUUCAAUUCACCUCCUCAUAUCAAUGCUUUGUCUACCACUGCAUUUCAAGUCUCUGCAGAUUAAAGAUAUUGUACCACCUAGUGAGCUAAGGGAUCAGCCUACUACCUUCCUUUCACUGAAGAUGCGUAUGAUAGAGCUAUUACUAAGGGCCCUUACCAUUGAAACUGACUCCAUGAACACACAGAUGUUGCUAGGGGGCCUGAUGCUCUGCGUACAAGAUCUGGCUAUGUGUGAGGAGGUAGAACAGACCAUGGUUCAACAGACAACCGAUGCUUGCCCUGAAACUAUACCAGAAAGUGGAUCCGACCAUGGAUCGCAUAGUGAUUCUAGGAGUAUUGACUCAGGUGAACAAGUUCCUCGCAUGCAUGCACACCCGGCACAUCAGGAGUAUGAUACCUCCCAUGGUUUAUUUGGCCAUGCGGCAUCUCUAGUGUGUAAUAGGCUCAUGGCUACAUGGAAACAGGACUUGAACAUUGCUCUAGCUGCAAUGGAAGUGCUCUCUGGCUUGGCUAAAGUUCAACUUAACAUCCCCAAUAUGUUGAUGUGUAAGCGCACGGUCAAGUGGAUCUGUGACUUUAUAGUCUAUCAAUGUAGCAGACCAGCUCCUGCACAUACAAGAGAUCUUCACUCUAUGAUAGUGGCUGCAUUUAAUUGCCUUACACUAUGGCUGGUUCAACACCCAUACCUGAUGCAAGAUAAAGAAUGUUUACAUUGCGUUCUAGAGGUAGUAGAGCUUGGUAUAUCUGGCUCAAAGUCACAGAAUCGUGCAAGUGACCCUCCAAAGUUGAAGGCAGAGAAACCUUUAAUGCCUGCGUCUAUGAGAGUAAAAGAUGCUGCAGAGGGAGUAUUAACAAGCAUCAUUGAUCAAGUGGGGUCUUUUCCACCUCCAUGUGGCCCAGAAUCUCUGUGCUCUUUACUUGAUGAGGAAUCUUUAUUGAAAUACUGCAAUGGGGGACCACCAGAACAUACAUUAAAGUUCCGCUAUUUCGUACUGGAUAACUCCAUUGUGGUGGGGCUACUGGAGCAGCCUUUAGGAAAUGAUCAAGAUCCACUCCCCACUGUUACUGCCAUUAUAAGAGGACCAUUUGGCCGCCAUGCUUGGACAAUGCAGCUCAGACACUUACCCAGGUUACGCAAGGUUGGCUCUAAGAGUGGUCUUUCAGAGCAUGGUAGGCCUGCCCCUAUGGACAAUGUGGGAGUUCACCACAAUAUCAAACACAAGAACUUCCCAGACAUUGUCAAUACAAUACCACAUACACAAGCAGAUGAGAGCAUCCCCUCCCUGCAGGACAUUGUCUCUGAGAAAGAAGCACAGGAGCUGGAUAAAAUCAAAAGUUUUAUUGAAGCCCAAUCUAACUUUGAGAAGAAAGUACAAGAUAAGAUUAGCAAAGAGAGAUCUCAGGCACCAUACCCAGAUCCUGUAACUGAAUGUAAAGCUCCAAGUGUGUGCCAUGAGUUCCAAACUGCCAGAUUGUUUCUGUCUCACUAUGGAUUCCUUUCUCUUGAAUCCUUAAAGGAACCCAGCAAUAGCUCACAGCCUCCUAGUUUAGUACAACUGGAUUCAUCCCAUGCCACCUUCAUGUCAGCUAUUGAUAGCUUGGACAACAUACCAGUGAGGACUUCAGAUACAGUAUUCCUGUUCUAUGUGAAGUCUGGCCAAAGUACAGCUGAACAAAUCCUGGAAAAUGUGAUGAACCAGAACAAAGUCCACCCUCACUACUUAGAGUUCCUCAGGUCCUUGGGUUGGCCAGUAGAGGUGGAUCAACAUGCUGGGUGGACUGGAAAUACAGCUAAUAGCUGGAAGUCAACACAAUCUCAAUCUCACACUGAUGCACCAGUAGAACAUGGAGGAUGUUUAUAUGAUGGCCAGAGGCAGGUCCUCUACUGGGCAGAUGUGGCCUCCGAAUGCGCAUUUAUUGUCCCAUCCACAGAGACAUAUGCUAUAUCUACAAGAUCUCAACAGAAUGGAG